AUGCUUCACCACUCCUACGAACUCGCGAACGACUUCAAGCGGGGCGGCGUCGUUCCAUCGUCGCCGCUCGCCCAGCGCAACACUCUUCUCUCCAUCGGUACGUCCUUCCCUUCGAAGCAUGCAAGUGACAUCUCCGGAACGCUUCAUUCCCUACAUUUUUGAAGUUUAAAAAUCGAAAAGUUAACUGAGAUUAUUGCCCACCAAAUGAACCGUACUAUACCUCGAUCAAUCCAAGAAACUAGGAGGAACAGGAUUCGAAUUUAAUCACUCGUGUGGGGGACCGGUUCUCAACUUCAUUUAUUCUUUUCACUUUAUGGAUGAAUCUUUAUUAUUAGAAAAAAACUUUAAGGAAAAACCAAUGUCCUUUCGGUUUCUUUUCUAUAAAUCCCAUGUUGCCUAAAUGAAAUCUUCUGGAACGAAAAAUGGUAAUUUUAGUCCUGGAAAAAAAAAUUUCAAAGAUUGGUGAUAAGGAAUAAAGUUGGCGUUUUCUUUGUUGUGAAACGAUAAAAUUGUACCAUUCAAUUCUCUUUUGAAAAAAAAAACCCUUUUUUGAAAUUAAAGGGGAACCGGGUACAUUUCAACCUCAAGUAGACGUUAGUUUUAUAUAAAUUUUUUGGAUCAUUUAAAUAAUCAUAUGAAACUCGCUUGAAGCUGAUUCCUUAAGAAAAACUGACUAAUUUCCUCUAGAUCAAGGUUAGAAAUCAGGGAUUCUAUAGGGUUUUCAAAAAAAUCUUUAAUGGUCGCUUAAAAGCGCAGGGAAGCGACUUUUCUUUUCAGUUAAUCAAAAAAAUAAAAAAAUGUGAUUUUAAAAUUUUUUUGAUCUGUUUUUUUGCCUAUUCACAAGUAAACUUAUGGUUCUGAAAUAUAUGCUCCUUUUCUUUUUUCUAUACUAUGACCUUUAUCAGAAAAACAUUUUGCUUAUCUAUAAUCUGGAGUUAAGAAAAAAGCCAAGUUUUGUGAGGUUAUGUGACAAAAGAACAAAAGUAAUAUCAAACGUCUGAUUGACUUUUUAAAAAAUUUUUAUGAAUUGAAACUCGAUUUCUUCGCAUCUGACAUGUGAAAGUCGUGUAAGUUUCAAAUCCGAUCAAUAUGAUUUUAAUCUUGAAAGAUAGGUCUAGCCAAGUUUCUCGAUGUGCUUUUUAAAGAGAAGAAAGUGAAACGUUUUUGCUAAAAGGUUUUUCAGUUUCAUUUCACAAUCAAUGUGUUCUUGGACACGAUUUUUGUGAGUCAGUGUUCUUUUUGCGAUGCUCUUUCUCUCUCUCGCUCAUAGACGUUGUACGAUUUUUCGAACGAAAACGCGUAAAAAUGACUCCAAUUGCUUUUCGAAAACUUUUUGCAGUCUUUACUUCAGUUCGCGGAAUACUUGGAACAACUUUUAAAAGUUCGAUACUUACUGGAGAUCGAACAGGGAAGAUAUCAAGAACGUUUUGAAGCAUCUUCAAAAAAAGGAAAAAUUUGAGAAUAAUAAUUUCUUAUAAUCUUAUAUUUUUUUAUGCUGUGGUAUUUUUUUGCUGCAGUAGAAAAAGAAUGAAAAAAAUGUUUUAUUAAAUAUUAAUAAAUCUUCGGUUUUUCAUUCCGCGUUUAACCGGUGUAUAAACCUGUAACAAAAAAAUAUCGUAGAUAAAAUUUAAAAUUAAUAAACUUGCUUGUUCGAAAGGUACAAUAUUUGAAAAUAAAUUUCGGCGAUCGCAAGUUUGAGAACGAAAAAAAGUCGAGCUUGAGCCAAGUUACAACAGGUUUCGAACAAGAAACAGGUAUAAGAUUUGAGCGGCCGUUUCGUUUUUUGAUGGAAAUUUUCUACUUUCCAAAUUCUUUAAUUCGACAAAGGUUGCUUUCGACUUAACACUGCGAUUAUAAAAAAAAAGCGGCCGAUAUUUUACCGAAAGGGCGUCGGUGUGUACAGUACUCAGCGGAAGAGAGAACUGAUACGUGUAGGAAAAGACGUUUGUCUUAUCGAUAAGUACGAUCAAAUGUUUGCGAUGAGAUGUCGGAGGGAAGCCGCACCGGCUUACAUGUGUUUGUAUGCUCAGUUUGCCGCCGAAACCAACGGGGCCGCUCGAUUCCGAGAUGACUGAUAUCAUAGACACAAUCACGCCAUGUCCCAUACUGUAGAUUCUGUUCGAGGGAUCACUGUGAGCUGGGCGGAAGAAAACCUAUUUUCCGUUCUUUCGGUUUAUUUUGACUCAUUUCGAAAUUCCGAUAGAUAAUCCAGAUGUUUGGAGGUCAGAAGGCAAGGAAUUUGGGGGGCUGCUCGAGUGAAUCAGGUGGCGCUACACGGAUCUCAAAUGGCUCGAAUUUCUCGAGAGAAAGAGAGAAAUCUUCAUCUUUUGCGACAAAUGUCAUCAUCGACAGCUUCCGCCUCAAUAUUUUUCCAAUCUUUGAGAAAGUAGGGAACAUUAAAAACUUUUGAUACAAGACAGGAAAAGAAGUCUGUGUAAUGACGUAGCGGCAAGAAAAGCAGACGCACCCUUGUGAAAAAGAGCCAGUUUGAAGAUGAUGGUUUCAGACCAGCAACUGCAGCUGAUGAACGCCAUCAACAACAUGGUACGCGCCGGACAGUUCACCUCUCAGCUCGCCAACACCAUUUUCACGUUGUGUGCGCAGCUGAAGACGUCCGGCGUCAUGCUUGAACAGUCGCACAAGAGUGAGUCUUUCUUUUAAAGAUCUUCACGAAGGUGUCUAUCGGAGAUUCUAGAGACCAAUUUUGUAGAUGAACUGAACAAGGUUUUCGUGUCUCUCCGGCAGGCGUGCUGCCGCGACAACGGACAACUUGGAACACCAUGCAGGUCUGAUUCCGCUUUCUGUCAAUGAAAAGAAAUCUGUGAGAAAUGAAAAUAUCGUCAGUUCUCGAAACCAAGCGUUGAACUAACUUCAUUUUUUUCUCAGUAUGUUAGCUACGUAGUGGUAUAGUUCAUGAGAUAGUUCAGCCUUAAUAAAAAGUCUAAUCGUUUUAAAAGGUUUUCCCCUUUGUAUGUAUUAGCUUAUGUUGAAAGUCUCGAUUUCGAAGAUUUUUCAUCCAUUAUCAAUUGUUAAAAACCAAAUGGUUAUUUGGCGAUUCAAACUUCUUCUUCUUCUUUUUCUUACGCCUUCGUCGGCGCUCCAAGUCGAUUAGCCUAUCCUGAUAUCAGCGAUAAUCAGUGGACUGGCUCUAGUGACAUAUCCGUCCUUGCGUGACGACUGGAAUUCUGGAGCCUUGGUUUCUGAAUACUAAAAUUUCUCAAGCUUGUUGGUGAAGUCACGGCGGGGGUCGAGCUUGUGACCUUUUGAACCCUAGACAGGCCCACAACCUGUUGCGCUACGACGCGCUUAUUUGGUGUUUUUUGCGAACAAAAAUAUAUGUGAUUAAACUUUUUAGAAGAUUAUGAAAGUAAAUUGUUUCACAUUUUAACUGAAACGUCUUCAGAAGCUUUAUUUCGAAAAAUCGUGAAAGCUUACUCAGAUUCUGAAAACUGAAAGAAACAGAAAAUGAGCAACUAACGUGUUUACAGGCUGAAGAUAAUGGAACUCGUGGAACUGAGGGCCAUGCACUGGCGCAGCAACUUGGCCCACAGCCAGUACUAUGUCAAUCGUCCUGAACAGCGUAAGUUUUUAAAAAUAUAUCUUUUCUAUGGACAGAAAAAACUUCAGAUCACGACCCUGCGCCCGUCACGUCCUCGGCUGCUCUACCAAUGACGUCAUCGCCGUCGAACGGUCAGCCGACGUCGCCGGUCCCACAACAGAUGCCGUUCGUGCCGCAGAGUCCAAUGUUCCUACCUCAGGACAUGGGCGGUGAGUAAUUUGAUGAAGCCAUCUUCGAGGGAAAGAAGACUGAACUAAGUUUUUGAAGCUACCAAUCCCGGCUUCUACCUGAUCCCGGCCGGCGGAGGCUGGAUGCCGCCGUUGAUGCCUGGCGGAAUGGUGCCGCCGAAUCCGUUUCUGCCUCAGCCAAUGAUGCCUCACGAGGCCGUACUCAUGCGUCAGCGCAGUUUGAAAAAAGUUUCCUUUAUUGCCGAUUUUUAAUAGUCAAGUAUUGUUUGCAGCCAAAUCCAAUCGCAAAGGCGCUACAGCUGCGGCACGAGAUGAUCAUCCGAAACUCCGACUCAGGAAAGAUAAUGGGAGUCAAAGGAAGAAGAGUGGCUCUGGUCGAGCAGAUCACUAACACUGUAAUAAGCUUUCAGAAGGUUUCGAAACAUUUUAAACCUAACAAACAUUUCAAACUAUCUUCAAGGUCGAUCCAAAAAGCAAGGAAAGGACGUUGACUAUCACUGCCUCGUCGAUGGAAGACAUCGAGAAAGCCAAAGACCUUAUCAUCGACACCAUCCGACGCAACAUGAGUCCAGUACGGGUGUGUGAACUCCCCCAAAAGAAAGAAAUCAGCCGUCACAUUUUAGCACGAUACAACAGCGCCUUUGAACGACGACGAUGACGAUUUCGACGAGGAAGAAUCGCAGAACGACAUAUCCAUCGAGACCACACAGGAUGGUAUGCUGAAGCUGUGUUGCGCCGAUCCAGAAGUUCUCCAGGUGAUCCCUUUUUUAUAAGAAGAAAGUUUUACUUUGCCUUUUUCCUCAACGUCUUUAUUCUGAAUAUCCUAUUCCUCUAGGAACACUGAAUGAAUUGACACAGAAAUAAAAAUCUUUUUAGGCGGCACAAGAAGCAUUGUCGGAGUACUUGCGCGUGCGGACACGUCCAAGCGCAGAGGAGCGAGAGAAACGCAAGGAACGGCGCAAGAGUAUGCCCCUCCAGCAAAGUCAACCGGAGAGCAACCUUAAAGUUUGAUCCGAUUCGAUAACGUUUCGGACUUAACAACUUGUGAAAGUUUCAGCCGUCACGGUCGUUUCAUGGAUCGACGCCCAAUUUGGCAGAGCCGACGGCGGCGCUGACUACCACCGUCGUCAUGCCGACCGUCGCCGAAGUCCCGACUAGUUUUGGCGAAGUGGGGUUGGUGAGUGUGUGUACUCUAAUCCUUGGACAAUUUUAACAAAACUUUUUGUUCAGCCAAUUCCGACUUUUCCUUUUUAAAAAUUAGUUUACAGGCCACAAAAUACGACCGCGCAAAACUGAUGGCGUUUCGCGAUUCUUCGUCGCGAAAUUCUCGCGCUGAAGGCAACGAGUUACGUCGCCGACUCGCUUUAGUGGUACCUGAAAUCUUGCGUUUGUAG